ACAUAAGGAGGCAGGAGCCAAUCAGAGUGCGGGGGUGUGUGGCUGGGGGCGGGGCUUCUUGCUCGUACAAUGACUGGGAAGUUCCCCAUCACACCCUCGUAGUCUCCUCAGUCUUCACGUGUGCUCCAGCAUCUUCUAUGGCGUGCAGCAAGAUGUCCCCUGUAAGACUAGCAGCCAGCCUCAGGCUCCCGUUCACACUACAACUACGGACGAGAUCCACAGCAGCUGCGGCCAAGGAGCAGGCAGCAGAGGAUGGAGCACAGGGGCAGCCAUGUCCUCCCCAAGUAGAUCACAUAGAGAGGAGUGACAACCUGCUCCACAAGCCUUGCCCUGCUGUCACUAUGAAUUUUGAGAACACGCAGGAAGCUUAUAAGAGUAAAGCCACAUGGGAGCUGCUCAGAAGUGUCAUGGUGUUCUGGCUCUGCUCUAUUGAUUCCAUUGUAGAACGGAAUCAGCAGUUACUCCAAUUAUCAAGAAAAAUACUUGGACAGAACCUUUUUGAGACAAUAAUGAAGAUGACUUUCUAUGGACAGUUUGUGGCUGGAGAAGAUCAGGAGGCCAUUAAGCCACUCAUAAGGCGAAACAGAGCUUUUGGCGUGGGGUCUGUCUUAGACUAUAGUGUGGAGGAGGAUCUUACUCAAGAGGAGGCAGAAAAGAAAGAAAUUGAAUCUUCCACUGCUGAAGCUGAAAAAGAAAAUAUUGGUACAGUGCAGCGAGAGAAAAAAUACCAAGUCCAGCCUGGCUUUGGUGACAGACGUGGAGGUGUCAUCAGUGCUCGGACAUAUUUUUAUGCUGAUGAAGCAAAGUGUGACCAUCACAUGGAGACCUUUUUGAAGAGUAUUGAAGCUUCUGGUGGAAGUUCUGAAGAUGGAUUUUCAGCAAUAAAGCUGACUGCAUUAGGAAGACCACAAUUUCUGUUGCAGUUUUCUGAAGUGCUCGUAAAAUGGUGCAGCUUUUUCCAUCAGCUGGCAGCGGAUCAGGGCAAAGCCGGGCUAAAUGCUGUUGAGAUUGAACUAGAGGUGGAGAAGCUACAAGAGAGCCUGGCAAAACUUGGAAUUGCUACAAAAGAUGAAAUUCAUAACUGGUUCACGGGCGAGAAUCUCGGACUAUCAGGGACCAUGGAUCUGCUGGAUUGGAACAGUUUAAUUGACAACAGAACCAAGCUUUCCAAACUACUUCUAGUGCCAAACUUACAGAGCGGUCAGAUAGAGCCCCUCUUGACCAGGUUUACUGAAGAAGAGGAUCGGCAGAUGAAGAGAAUGUUACAGAGAAUGGAUGUUCUCGCAAAGAAAGCCUUAGAAACAGGUGUUCGGCUGAUGGUCGAUGCGGAGCAGACCUAUUUCCAACCCGCAAUCAGCCGCUUGACAUUAGAAAUGCAACGUAAAUUUAAUAAGGACAAUCCCAUUAUCUUCAACACAUACCAGUGCUACUUAAAGGAAGCAUAUGACAAUGUGACUGCUGAUGUCGAGCUGUCUCGGCGAGAGGGCUGGCUUUUUGGUGCUAAACUUGUAAGAGGAGCUUAUAUGCAGCAAGAAAGGAGUCGUGCAGCAGAAGUGGGCUAUGAGGACCCCAUCAAUCCCACAUAUGAGAAGACUAAUGAGAUGUACCAUAGAUGCCUUGAUUAUGUCUUGGAGGAGAUCCGGCACAAUCGCAAAGCUAAUGUGAUGGUAGCCUCUCACAAUGAAAACACAGUAAAAUUCACUCUGAAAAGAAUGAAUGAGCUAGGUAUUUAUCCUGAAGAGAGAAAAGUGUAUUUUGGACAGUUACUCGGCAUGUGUGACCAGAUAAGUUUUCCUCUUGGUCAAGCAGGAUAUCCUGUGUAUAAAUAUGUUCCCUAUGGACCGGUCAAUGAAGUUCUACCAUACCUGUCUAGAAGAGCACAGGAGAACCGAGGCAUCAUGAAAGGAUCUACUAAAGAGAGGGAGCUUCUCUGGACAGAAUUCAAAAGACGCCUUCUAACUGGAAACCUUUUCUACACUCCCAGGUUCUAGAGGGACACAAAUAUGGGAUUAUAUAAAUUAUCGAUAACAAUUUAUCAAGGCAAUCUGUCCUCUAUUUACUUUAAUGGAAGCACAUUAUGGGCUGCUAGAGAGCAUCAAAUAUGAAAUCUAGUGUUUACCUUUGGGGAACAGUUUAAUAGCCAAUUGCAUUUACAGCACAAAAAAAGAUCUGCUCACUGCUGCUCAAAACAUGAAUUAAAGGGGUACCCCGGUGGAAAUUUAUUUUUAUUUGUUUAAAUCAACUGGUGCCAGGAAGUUAAACAGAUUUGUAAAUGACUUCUAUUAAAAAAUCUUUACCCUUCCAGUACUUAUUAGCAGCUGUAUGCUACAGAGGAAAUUCUUUUUCUUUUUGAAUGUUUUUGUCUUGUCCACAGUGCUCUCUGCUGACACCUGCUGCCCAUAUUAGAAACUGUCCAGAGCUGGAGAAAAUCCCAAUAGCAAACCUAUGCUGCUCUGGACAGUUUCUGACAUGGACAAAGAUGUCAGCAGCGAGCACUGUGGACAAGACAAAAAAAGAAAUUCAAAAAGAAAAGAAUUUCCUCUGUAGCAUACAGCUGUUAAUGAGUGCUAACUUUCUGGCACCAGUUCAUUUAAAAAAAAGUUUUCUCCGGAGUACCCCUUUAAGUGCUUCAGGUGUAUACAGGGAUUUUAUUUAAGAGCUUUUAGCCAGAUUUACCAAAUGGGAGGCUUUACUAAACAAUAAAUAAUAUGCAUUUAUACAGAGGAUAUAUUUAAAAUUAAAAUGGGGACCAUAUUACAUUUUGCACCAUAGUGCAUUACAUGUAAGUGGUGUGGGGUAACCAAAGAAAUGGCACUUUUUGACUUUCAGAUUUUAGAUUUUUGUGUUAUAAAAAUAGAAAACAUAGCACACUACCUAAUUAGUUCUAGCAACUGAAUAUAAACCACCCAAACAAUGGGAGCAGUAUAAGUAAUGGGGAACGAGGUAGAUGGAGGGUUUCAUAUAUGAACUCCUGAGAUAGAUACACACUGAAGGAAACAUGGAGUCAUUUUGUUAGGGAUGUUUAAAAAUAUAUAUUUUAUUGAUUACAA